GUCGAUGCCGAAUUUCAUUAGUCUUGAAUUUGUUGUGGCUAUAUGCUACCGUUCAACCAUCGUUGUCGUAAACCUCAAGGAUGUCGUAACUUCAUACUCCAUUAGUUGCCUAUAGAACGUGUCGCAAACUUGCCAUAUAUCGUUCAUUCAACUAUAACACAGACAAAUUUUAUACCCAGUUCUUCUUUCCUAUUUUCGAGCACCUGAUGGACCAUCAUAGCGGCUGGUCGAUUUCAUUGUGUUCACCUCAUCAGCAUGAAACGAAAUGAGAAAACGAGUGUCUGCAGCGAGUUACUACCUAAUGCUCACAUCAUUUGUAUUCGUGGUAUGCUUUCUCGCCUUUAUCAACUACCAACAUCUUGGUGUCACUCAUUCGAGUAUCUUGCCAAUGUUUUCCAAUAGUCCAGCUUCACAGCAACAGGUGUCGCAUGCCAAUGAUGCUGAAAAUGCCAAUAAUAACACAUUUAAGAAAAAUAAGAAGACCAAUAAGAUUGAUUUGAGUAACCAAUCGUCCUCGGAUGCGUUAAAAAUCAUUUUGCUGUGGAGUACGUGGAGUUCGACAAUGGCCGACGAGCCACUAGUCAAGGCCCGUUGCCCAGUCACGUCAUGUAUUUUUACAGCCGACAUGUCGCUCAUCCACCAGAGCGACGUUGUCGUCCUCUACGUCGACACUCUGACGGACUUCCCGUUAAAUCGCCGACCGGAUCAGCGAUUCGUUUUUGCCCAACUCGAGUCGCCAGACAACACCAAAAUGGCGACGAUCAAUGACCCCCGUCUUCGUUACGAUUAUUUCAAUUGGACCAUGACCUAUCGACGAGACUCUGACAUUUUCCUACGCGACUAUUACGGAUCCGUAAUCAAGACAAAUCAUUACAGCAAAUUGAACAGCAAGAGUUCCAACAUCAGCCAGGAGAUGACAGCUUUAAUCAGAGGCAAGUCGAAAUUGGUGGCCUGGUUUGUGGCCCAUUGCUCCACCCCCAUCCGGCGUGAAGAGUACGUCCGCCAGUUGAGUGAUUUCGUAAAAGUCGACAUCUACGGACGCUGCGGAAAAGAUUGUCCGUCCAACUGUGACGACUUGUUGCGCACCGAUUACAAGUUCUACUUGGCGUUCGAGAAUUCCUGGUGCCCAGAUUACGUCACCGAAAAAUUCAUCCGGCCUUUGGUCUACGACUCGGUGCCGAUCGUUUUGGGUGGGGCCGACUACAGUCAUUUCGCCCCGCCGCAUUCCUACAUCAACGCCAGGGAUUUUGAUUCGCCAAAAGAAUUGGCCGAUUAUUUGAUUCGGUUGGACAAAUCGGACGAUCUUUACGCCCGAUACUUUGAAUGGAAAAGAGACCACGACAUCACUCUGCUCGACCUGUCCGGAUGGUGCGACUUGUGCCGAAUGGCUCACGAUAAUACCCUACCGGCCAAAACCUACCGCGACAUCAAACAGUGGUGGAUGCUGGAUGAAGGAGAAUGCGAAACCGAUUCAACCAAAUAUUUUUAGUUAUUUUAGUAAAUUAUUAUUCAUUGGGGACUUACAAAACUUUUACAACUAUUUCCCUAUCACAUGAAGUUAAUGUGUAAAGUAAAUGAAUGUAUUGGUGCCCUUGUUUUUAUAAUUGAAAUGUGAGGUCCGUUCUAUUAUUUCCACGCCCGAGAAGUCCAUGUCGAAUGAAAGGAAAUUUGGAGAAGA